GCCGCGGCGGGAGGAGAAGCCCAACCCCCUGCGGGCUGCCAACUUCUGCUCCCGGCUCUUCUUCUGGCAGCAGGAAUGGAGGGAGAUAUGCACAUUUCCCUUAAGUAUGCUGCCUUGCUAAUUAGAUCAGUUUGCCAAGAGGCAGCUGCUGCAAACUCCCUGAGUCCUGGUCUGUCCGCCCUGCUCUAUGGAAGAUGGGGUGGUUGAAUCCUUUAUUUGUUACUGGUCACAAACGAAAGCUUGAAGAAGAUGAUAUGUAUAAAGUGCUGGCUGAAGAUUCAUCAGAGAGGGUUGGAGAGGAGUUGCAAUGGUACUGGGAUAAAGAGGUGCAAAAAGCUAAAAAAGAAGCAAGAACGCCACAUUUAACAAAAGCAAUCCUACUUUGUUAUUGGAAAUCCUAUUUAGCUUUGGGAUUUUUCACAUUGAUUGAGGAAACACUCACAGUAAUUCAACCAGUCUUUUUGGGAAAAAUUAUUAAUUAUUUUGAAAUUUUUGAUCCUCUUGAUACUGCUGCUUUGAAUUUUGCCUACUGCUAUGCAGCUGCUUUGUCUGUGUGUACAUUGAUUUUAGCCAUAACACACCACUUAUACUUUUAUCACGUACAACGGGCUGGCAUGAAAUUGAGAGUAGCGAUAUGUCACAUGAUUUAUCGGAAGGCUCUUCGUCUCAGUAACACAGCUUUGGGAAAAACUACCACAGGUCAAACAGUAAAUCUUUUAUCAAAUGAUGUGAACAAAUUUGAUCAGGUCACAAUUUUCUUGCACUUUUUAUGGGCUGGACCACUUCAAGCUAUAGCAGUAACUGCACUUCUCUGGAUUGAAAUAGGCCCAUCAUGCUUUGCAGGAAUGGCAAUUCUGAUUAUUCUACUUCCUUUACAAACCUGUAUUGGGAGGUUGUUUUCUUCACUAAGGAGUAGAACUGCAGCCUUGACAGAUGUCAGGAUUAGGACAAUGAAUGAAGUCAUAACUGGUAUGAGGAUAAUAAAGAUGUAUGCCUGGGAAAAAUCAUUUUCAGAACUAGUUAGCAGUAUAAGAAGGAAGGAGAUUUCCAUGGUUCUUAAAAGCUCCUAUCUUCGAGGAUUGAACUUGGCAUCGUUCUUUGUUGCAAGCAAAAUAACAGUUUUUAUGACUUUCAUGACAUAUGUACUCCUUGGCAAUGUUAUUUCUGCAAGUCGGGUGUUUGUGGCAAUGUCACUGUAUGGUGCAGUGAGACUGACUAUCACUCUCUUCUUCCCUGCGGCUGUUGAGAGAGCAUCUGAGGCACUGAUCAGCAUACGACGAAUCAAGAACUUUCUAAUACUUGAUGAGAUUUCACAGUUCAAUCUGCAGUUGGAGAAUAGCAAUGAAAAUGUCGUACUUCAUGUUCAAGACUUGACUUGUUAUUGGGAUAAGAGUUUGGAAAUCCCGACCCUUCAGCAACUUUCUUUUACUGUCAGACCAGGUGAAUUAUUGGCUGUGAUUGGCCCUGUAGGAGCUGGGAAAUCAUCUCUCUUAAGUGCUGUCCUCGGCGAACUGCCUAAAGAUAAAGGUUUGAUGGAUGUUAGAGGAAGAAUAGCCUAUGUUUCUCAACAGCCAUGGGUAUUUCCUGGCACCGUGAGAAGUAAUAUACUAUUUGGUAGAGAAUAUGAGAGAGAAAAAUAUGAAAAAGUUCUAAAAGUUUGUGCUCUUAAAAAAGACAUGGAUUUGUUAGAAGAUGGUGACCUAACUGUGAUAGGAGAUCGUGGCGCUACACUGAGUGGCGGUCAGAAAGCCCGUGUAAAUCUUGCCAGAGCAGUGUAUCAAGAUGCAGACAUCUACCUCUUGGAUGAUCCACUGAGUGCAGUAGAUGCAGAAGUUAGCAGACACUUGUUUGAAAAGUGUAUUUAUCGGGCCUUGCACCAAAAGGUCUCUAUUUUAGUGACUCAUCAGUUGCAGUACCUCCAUGCUGUAAACCAGAUUUUGAUUUUAAAAGAGGGUAAAAUGGUGGGGAAAGGGACCUAUUCAGAGUUCCUGAAUUCUGGAAUCGAUUUUGCUUCCCUUUUGAAAAAAAAUGAAGAGGUUGAACAGUCACCAAUUCCUGGAAUCCCCACUAUGAAGUCAGCAAGGAACCGUACCUUUUCACAGUCCUCUGUCUGGUCACAAGAUUCCUUGGUGCAGUCACAGAAAGAUGGAACAGUAGAUCAGCCACCUACUGAACCUUUGGUGACUGCGCUGCCAGAAGAGAGCCGGUCUGAGGGAAAAAUAAACUUCAAGAUUUACAGGAAAUAUUUUGCUGCUGGAGCAAACUACUUUGUAAUUUUUAUACUUUUACUUCUAAAUAUUUUGGCACAGGUUGCUUAUGUGCUUCAGGAUUGGUGGCUUUCAUACUGGUCAAACCAGCAAGAAAAGCUGAAUGUCACAGCACAUGGAAAUAGUGGAAUGAAUGAGACUAGACAUCUAGAUCUUAGCUUCUAUUUAGGAAUUUAUGCAGGAUUGACGAUGGCUACCGUACUGUUUGGCAUAGUGAGAAGUCUGUUGGUAUUCACAGUUCUUGUGAAUGCUGGUCAAACUUUGCACAACAAAAUGUUUCAAUCACUUUUGAAAGCUCCAGUGUUGUUCUUUGACAGAAACCCUAUAGGGAGAAUCUUAAAUCGUUUCUCUAAAGAUAUUGGCCAUCUGGAUGAUUUGCUUCCACUGACAAUUUUGGACUUCAUACAGACUCUCCUACAGAUUUUUGGCGUGGUAGCUGUGGCUGUGGCAGUGAUUCCUUGGAUCCUCAUCCCUUUAGUUCCACUUUGUAUUCUUUUCAUUUUUCUUCGACGGUAUUUCUUAGACACAGCGAGAGAUAUUAAACGUCUGGAGUCCACAACUCGAAGUCCAGUGUUCUCCCACUUGUCAACAUCUCUUCAGGGACUUUGGACAAUUCGUGCUUUCAAAGCAGAGCAAAGAUUCCAAAAAUUAUUUGAUGCUCACCAAGAUCUUCACUCAGAGGCUUGGUUUCUGUUUUUGACUACCUCCCGAUGGUUUGCUGUGCGGCUGGAUGCCAUCUGUGCCAUCUUUGUUAUAGUGGUUGCCUUUGGUUCCCUGCUUCUCGCAAAGACUCUAGAUGCAGGACAGGUUGGCUUGGCAUUGUCCUAUGCAAUCACGCUCAUGGGAAUGUUCCAGUGGGGAGUUAGGCAAAGUGCUGAAGUUGAAAAUCUGAUGAUCUCAGUAGAAAGAGUAAUGGAAUACACAGAACUUGAAAAGGAAGCUCCUUGGGAGUCCAACAAACGUCCACCAGCUGAAUGGCCAAGCCAAGGAGUGAUCGCCUUUGAAAAUGUUAACUUCACUUACAGCUUAGAUGGACCCUUGGUGUUGAGGCACUUGUCUGUUCUAAUUAAAUCAAAAGAAAAGGUUGGAAUUGUGGGACGAACAGGAGCUGGAAAGAGCUCCUUGAUAGCAGCCCUCUUUCGGUUGGCUGAACCCAAAGGAAGAAUUUGGAUUGAUAAGUACUUAACAUCAGAACUGGGACUUCAUGACUUGCGGAAGAAAAUUUCAAUCAUACCUCAGGAGCCCGUUCUGUUCACUGGAACGAUGAGAAAAAACUUGGAUCCUUUCAAUGAAUACACUGAUGAAGAGCUGUGGAAUGUCUUGGAAGAGGUGCAACUGAAGGAGGCUGUGGAAGAACUUCCUGAUAAAAUGGAGACACAGUUGGCAGAAUCUGGAUCUAAUUUUAGCGUUGGUCAGAGACAGCUCGUGUGCCUUGCCAGGGCAAUUCUCAAAAAAAAUAAAAUUCUGAUUAUUGAUGAAGCAACAGCAAAUGUGGACGCAAGAACGGAUGAGUUGAUUCAAAAGACAAUCCGUGAAAAGUUUGCCCAGUGCACUGUGCUGACCAUUGCACACAGGUUGAACACCAUUAUCGACAGUGACAAGAUUAUGGUUUUAGAUGCAGGAAGACUAAAAGAAUAUAAUGAGCCAUACAUUUUGCUACAAGAAAAAGAGAGCCUGUUCUACAAGAUGGUGCAACAAGUGGGCAAGGCUGAAGCUGCUGCUCUGAUUGAAACAGCAAAACAGGUCUACUUCAGUAAAAAUUACCCAGAAGUUAUUCAGAAUGGUCAAGUUGUCACAGAUUCUUCAAUAGAUGCUGCCUCAGGAUUAAUCUUAUGUGAAACUGCCCUGUGAUCCAGCGUAGACGUGAUUGCUUUCUAUAGAAUGCAAACCGGAAACCAUCUAAACUGGAUGACUGUCAGUGUUUAGAGUGGAGCUUUUUGCACUAGACAAGAAUCAUAUUUAAUAUUAAGAAAAAUGUUUCAUCUAGCUCUUUCUUUAAUUUUAAAUACAUUUCCAUUGCUAAAGGAAUUAGGCAGACCUAGGGUUUUUAUUUUGAAAGUUACAUUGCAAAGACUUUCAUAUUUAAAUUACAGAUGCAAGGCAUCUAACAAUUCCAGGGUGCAGUUUUAGAGGUUGUUAGAAAACCUGGAGUUUCUCUAUUUUCCCAUUUGAAAGAAUGUAAAAUCAAUUUGUUUAGUGUCACUUUAAAAUUUGUCUUACAGCAGUUUUGAUAAUAUAACACACCAUUUUCUAAUGCAAUACUUAUUAUAUACUCCAUCUUUUUAAAGCAGUUUUGCAAACUGGCAGAAACAAGAACUGAACCAACCAAAAAUAUAUUUUUAUAGAGAUAAGUUCACAUAUUGUUGUAAAUAUAAAUUUUAAAAUUAAAAUGUAAUACAGGUAUGGCGUGUAGAAAUUAACGUAAAAAUUUCAGUUUUCCUUUGCUGAGAUCCAAAUGCUGAAAAUGAAUAUCAAUCUACUGUAUUUUAGAAGAAAAUGGUUGCAUUUUGCUUAUAUUUUGCACUGCACCAAUAUUUAAAUAAUUUAAUAUACAUUCCUCUUUUUAUCCAGCUAAUCAAAGAAAAAAGUAUUAAAUUAACUAGAGGAAAUACUUAUUGAAAGACUUGUCAUCAGUAAACACUAUGUAGUGAAAAGUUAUCUUCUGCAAAACACAUUGUGAAAAUGUAUACGUUAUUUGCAUUUAUUGUGCCUUAAUACAAUUCAAGCCAAAUCUCCACCUGCAGAGUACACAGCAAAUUCAUUAAAUAUACUUUUUUAUUUUACUGUUUUAAAUUAAUGCAUUUAAAAAAUUUGCAUCAGGAAUUCUGUUUAAAUGAAGCUUUGUGAAGUUGCCAUUUCAGCUCUCAUGGAUAGAAAACUAUCACUUGUAAUUUUGACAGUUUCAGAGUGGUAGCCGUGUUUAGUCUGUAUCAGCAGAAAUAACAAGGAAUCCUUGUGGCACCUUUAGAGACUAACAAAUUUAUUUGGGCAUAAUCUUUUGUGGGCUAAAACCCACUUCAUCAGAUGCAUGGAGUGAAAAAUACAGUAAGCAGUAUAAAUAUUACAGCACAUGAAAAGAUGGGAGUUGCCUUACCAAGUGGGAGGUCAGUGCUGGAAACUGGACAUCAUUAAGUUAGGCCUGAAUAAAGACUGGGAGUGGAUGAGUCACUACAAAAAGUAAUUUUCCUUCUGCUGAUACUCACCCUUCUUGUCAGCUGUUGGAAAUAGGUGACAUCCACCUUGAUUGCAUUGGCCUCGUUAGCACUACAUAAGUAAUUUUCCUUCCCUUAAUAUUAGCACUGACCCCCCAAAUGUUUUAGUCUCUAAGAUGCCGCACGGACUCCUUGUUGUUUUUGUAAUUGUGAGUAUCCCUACUGAUAUUGAGAAGAAUUUAAGGAAACAGAUCUGUAUUAUGUGUUCAUAAGUUAGGUCCUGAUCCAGUAAAGGGCUUAGCAUGUAGCACUAUUGUGGAUGUGUCCUGCCAGUCACACCCCUUCACACGCACUUAUGCCAAGGUUCAAAAUAGAGACCAGCUGUUACAGAUCUCUGCUCUGUGGCAUUCAAAGGGUUGUGGCAUCCCUGGAUGUGGGUUCUUUGUGGUAUGGACCACCUGCACAGCAGAAAUGAUCCAUUUCUGCUGCAUUUUGUUCUCAUUUGCCCAUCUACACAGGUGUGGCAUCUGGCUCCUAGUAACACUUUUAUUAUUUCAAACUGAAAUACUUUUCUGCUUGGGCAGAUUCUGACACCCUUUCCCUCGAUGAGUAGCACCUUACUCCACAAUUACUCCCAUUAAAUUCAAUAGGGUGGCAUUUGAUAUGGUGCUAUUUAACAUAAGGGGCUCACAUUCGGACCCUUUUAUUGGUGUGAGUCUAAUCUCACCUAACCCUGUUUUACAGUGGUGCAAUUCUAUGGCCUUGCAUGGAUUUAUGUCUUGGGUUUACAAUAAGAUAAGAGGAAAGUCAUGCAUACUGUGUGUGAUAUGCUGGAGUUUUUAAACAUACAAAAGUGCAGGCAUCUGGCCAUAUUGUACUGUGAAUCUAUGCCCAUAAUUUCCAUCUAUAUUCAGGAGAAUCAUGUGCAUGGAUCAAGGGUAUAAUGUGGCUCUAGGCCAUUUCAGCCAAAAAUGCUUUUAUGAUAUAUUUGAGAGAAGAAUCCAAAGUUUCUAGCUUCUGCAGGCUCACUGGCAUGAAAGCUAGACAGAUCUUGCUAUAUCAGACCCUCCACUAGUAUACUGUACUUAGAAUUAAUUUGAUACUCUAGCUUUUUGAAUGCACACAGAAAAUGUUAGGCAUCUAUGAGAAUGCUGUUUAUGCUGUAUAACAUGUUUUGACAGGACAAUACUGGCUAUAUUUCUCAAAUGUCAAUGUCAUAGAAAUCAAACUGAAAACCUGUGUAAGUUGUUGAACAGGACAACUGGUACUGCUAUGUUCAUGUUCUAGUAACUCCUCUCAAUGCCAUUAAAUCCAUAUUGUACUCUUUAAAAAAAAUAGUUCAGCUAAGUAAUGCAGGUUAGAUUUGAUCAAUAAAUCAUUGUUCAGUUUUUUUUCUUAA